AUGGAAGACAAGAGGUGGACUUUCACUAGGGACCAAAUCAAGAACACGGCAGCUCAAAAAUCUGGCUACGACCAGAAUAAGGAGACAUUCAUCAGGCAAAAAGCCGCAUCUGUAAUCUAUGAGAUGGGCACGAAUUUGCGACUCAGUUCGAUAACGAUUAAUACUGCCAUAGUUUACAUGCACCGUUUCUACAUGUUCCAUCCAAUGAACCUGUUCCGAUGGCACGAAGUCGCACCCGCUGCCGUAUAUUUGGCAGCCAAAACCGAAGAAAAUCACAGAAGAAUGAAAUGCGUGAUCAAGGCUUUGAACCAUGUGCGCCAUGUGAUUAUACCGCCCGAUAGUACGCAUUUUGCUAAUCAGUGCAAGGAUUUGCUGUUGACGGAGACUGUGCUGUUACAAACACUUGGAUUUGAUCUGAUGGUCGAACAUCCUCACAUGCACGUUGUCACAGCGUGCUACGCGAUGAAAGUGCCAAAACAUGUGGCGCAUGCUGCAUUUAUUUUGGCUACCAAGAGUCUCCAAUUGACUACUUUUUGUCUGGAGUAUCAACCAAAGUUCGUCGCUUGUGUCUGUAUAAAUGUGGCCUGUUAUUGGUUAAAUUAUCAACUACCAACUCCUUCUAAUGGUCUCCCUUGGUAUUCACUAUUAGAUGACACUAUUCAGGCUGAAGAACUGGUUGCCAGGACCAAGGAUUUUAGACUUCUGGCCGAAAACCACAAAGACUGCACCAAACCGAGAGGUUACAUUAAGAAACAAGUGAACUUGUCUUGGAUUGCAAAAAGGUAUCUUCCAAAGACAUGA